UACUUAUUAUCAAUAAUAUUUUCAACAUUUCCAUCGCAAUGGAGGAAGCUUUGUUAGGAUUACCACCAUUUGUAAACGGUACAUUUUCAUCCGAAUGUGACUAUAAAAUCGCCAAGAUCUUGUACAGUGUAGCUGCUCCUAUAGUAAUCAUCAUUACAUUGUGUUUUAAUAUUCUAUAUAUAACUCUCAUCAAUUACGAUAAAGACGAUCGAUCUGCAUCCACAGUACAAGCAACGGGAAUAUCAAUAUCAAACACGCUGCACGGUGUAUCUCAACUUCCAAUUUUCUUCUAUUUCUUUUUGCGAGACAAUAUGGCGUCCCCGGUUUCAAAACAAUGGUGUAAUGCAUACAGAGUUGUGGGAUUUAUUUUUCCAAAUAUUUUUCAUACAGCUGCUUUAUGGCAACUUGUUAUCUAUGGUAUUCAGAGAUUUAUUUGUUUCCGUUGGCCGAUCAGUGCACUUGUUUGGUAUAAAGUGGAUAGAUUUCUUAAAUUUACCAUUACAGUUUAUGUAUGUGCAUCAAUAACACAUGGCUAUAAAUUCUUUGAUUUCGUUCAUGAUUCUGGAGAACCAUGUACGUUUAGCUAUCGAAACGGGAUAGAUCCUACUUACUAUACUCCGUUUUAUAAUUGGCUUUGUGCUAUAGCCGUUCAAAUAGUGCCAUGUGUCAUCAUGUCAGUUUGUGUGGUUCUCUUAAUUUACGGAAUUCGUUUCAGUUACCUCCGACGCAAAAGGGUAUACGUUAACAGUCCUACUGCUAUACCUCGCAACAGAAAGUUUACAAUGCAGGAGUGUCAGUCUUUAGGAAUAUUGAUAUUAACGUUGGCAGUAGAAUGGCCUCUUACCUUGUUAAUUAUAUUACACAUAACGAAUCUAGAAACAGCGUCAGAGGAUUGUGCGUAUACGUCACUGGUCAUUGCUCACUUUAUGUUGUUGGUAUCUUAUCUUUUAUUUUUCCCACUUUUCUUCAUAUUGAACUUUAAACUCAGACGAACAUUUGCUCGUUUAAAAUCAGAUUUAAAUGUGUUCUUCGUGCAUCAUUCGCAAAUGGACGAAACUUCAGACGAUGUAGAAUCAUAGACAUCAAUAGCUUACUUCGUAGACUAUCUAAAAUGUCUUAAAAUGAACUGUCAACUCAAACAAUUUUACAAUUUCACCCAGUUUCUCAUUUAUAUCAUCUGAGGUUCGCAUGGUCAUAUUCCUAAUCAUAUUGCUAUCAGUAUCAUCAGAGAACAGUGUUCAUGUGUAUGUGUAUGCACAUUCCAUAUUCAAUACCAGCUGCUGACUUCUAUUUCGAAUAUAUAAGUCUAA